AUGGAUUUCCUGAAGUCGGCGGUAGCAUCAGCAAUCGCCAAGUCGAGUUCAUUUCCAUAUACCAUUGGCGAUCGCAUUGAUAGCAACGAGUCAAUAUGGAAUUUGUGUAAUGGAACAAAGAAGGCACGCGAUGACGGCUCGGCUGUCUGCGUCUUCUCCUUCGAUAUCAAUGCCAACAGGUCACGGCUACCCCUUGCGAAGAACGCCAUUAGGAAACUACGUACUCUCCGCCAUCCGGGCGUGAUCAAGACUGUCGAUGUCAUAGAAACCGAGGCGACGAUAUACCUCGUUACAGAGCGCGUCACACCGCUGAGCUGGCAUGUCAAGAGGAAGAGUCUCAGUCCGGAGACCAUCAAAUGGGGCUUGCAUAGCAUUGCAACGACGCUCAAAUUCAUCAACGGCGACGCUUCGUCUGUCCAUGGCGCUGUGCGAGUGGCUUCAAUAUUUGCGAAUGAGGCUGGCGAGUGGAAGCUGGGAGGCUUUGAGGUGCUCAGUUCGCUGAACGAGGACGACGCUGUGAUAUACAACUAUGGCACUCUGCUGCCAGACGCCAAUCGGUAUGCUCCGCCUGAGGUGGCCGCCAACGGCUGGAGUGUGAUCAAGAAGCAUCCUCUUACGGCAGCGGAUGCAUAUGGGCUAGGUACCUUGGUUUACGAGGCAUUCAAUGGCGUCUUCCACGGAACAGAUCAGUUGACUCAGCCGAAGAGCAUACCGGGAUCGAUCGCACCCAGCUAUAAGCGUCUGAUCAACGCCAAUCCGAAAGUCAGACUCAGUCCGGCGCACUUCCUAGAACAGGGAAAGAAGGCCGGCAGUUUCCUCCAGACUCCGCUUAUCAAUAUAACGGAGAGCGCAGAUAAUCUGGGACUUAUGAACCAUGAGGAGCGCGAUGACUUCUUACAAGAGUUGGACAAGCUAUCAGAUGAUUUUCCGGAAGACUUCUUCAAGUCCAAGAUUCUACCAGAGCUUUUGAAGUCGGUCGAGUUCGGUGGCGGAGGGCCCAGCGUCGUGUCUGCUAUCAUGAAGAUCAGCAUCAAGAUGACAGACGACGAGUUCGAGGCCAGACUAACGCCAGUGCUACUGCGACUGUUCCAGAUGCCCGACCGCCAAAUCAGGGUCGCUCUGCUAGACCACCUCCCACUCAUGAUAGAUCGCAUGUCACAAAAGGACAUCAACGGCAAGGUCUGGCCCGCCAUGACGACUGGCUUCACAGACACUGCACCUGUGAUAAGGGAGCAGACAGUCAAGGCCGUCUUGGUGGUCAUCACUAAGUUAGCAGAUCGCACUAUCAACGGAGAACUGCUCCGCUUCCUGGCUAAGACUGCCAACGACGAGCAGCCCGGUAUCAGGACAAAUACCACGAUAUGUCUGGGCAAGAUUGCCCGCAACCUCGGUGUCGGCUCAAGAGCCAAAGUCCUCAUUGCAGCUUUCACAAGGUCAUUACGAGAUCCAUUCGUACACGCCCGAAUGGCUGCUCUGAUGGCGCUGAACGCCACACUCGACGUUUUCAGCGAAGACGACUGCGCUGCAAAGCUAUUGCCAGUCCUUGUUCAAUCGCUUGUAGACAAGGAGAAAAUUGUCCGGGACCAGGCCAACAAGACCUUCGACACAUAUCUAGCACGAGUCAGAAAAUACGCGGCAACUUUGCCAGAAACUGCGAUCCCGCCCGAAACGGCAAACAAUCCAAGUGCUGCCCCAGCAAGGAUCGGCAACCAGAACGACAGUUCAUGGGCAGGCUGGGCAAUCUCUUCGUUCACGAACAAACUCACGACCGCCAAGGGCGAAAUGCAAAGCGCCGCUCCUACCAAUGGCACCGCAAACCACGCACAAUCACUUCCACCAUCAGGGCGAGCGACACCGACGGUCCAGGUCCACAGACCAGCGUCCGCAGCCCCACCAGCAGCAAAAGUAGCUCCGGCAAAUUCGAGCACCAACAUCAUGGACGACACGGCAGACUUCGAUAAUGAUGAUGAUGUCCUCGACGCCUGGGGCGAGAUGGACGAGGAAGAAGACAACUUCUUCGAUGCGCCCGCUGCAAAGUCAUCCAAGUCAAAGACAGGUCCUAGCGCGACGUCAACACCUACAGCAGCGUACGACGACGGUGGCGAGCCAGACUUCGCCGGCUGGCUCGCUGCGCAGUCAAAGGCGAAGACGGUCGGCAAGGCUGCGCCAAAAGGUCUUACAAAAGCAGCAACGAAUACUACCAACACGAGCAAGCUUGCGCCAAGGCCCGCCGCACCGGGUAGGAGUGCGUCUGCUGGAGUUGUAGCGGCGCCAAAAGCGAAGGUCCAGGCGGUGAAGAAAGACGUGCUGAAGCCCAAAGUAGAGAAAGCUGACGAUGAUGAUUGGGGCGCUGCUUGGGAUUGA